AUGAACGCGAUCCUCGCCGCCUCUGCCCGUCAUCUCAGCCGCGUCAGUGGCGGGGACCCUUAUGUCGCAGAUAAAUACCACCAGAGGUGUCUCCAGCAUCUUAUUCCGAUGCUCAGCGAUGAAGCCGCAGUACUGGAUGAGAACCUCCUGGCUAGCACUGUCAUUCUGCGCUUCCUGGAAGAGAUCGAUGUGCCACUCUCAGGAAAAGUUCACUUGGACGGCGCAGGUCAUCUAAUCGGAGCCCAUGCCUUUGUAAGUGCGCAAGAAAUUUCCGCGGUCUCGGGUGGCCUGCGACUUGCCGCCUUCUGGGUUGGUCUGCGGCAGGAGAUCUACGUCGCCUUCGUCAACCAGAGACCGAUUACUUUUCCCCUGCAGCACUGCAAUGUCGAUCGCUCAUUUGGGGCUACAGGUGAAGGCAUGUGGGCAAAUCGAAUCAUCUUCCAUUGUGCGGAGACCAUACAGUGGUGCUUUGGACUCCUUGAGCAUGAACGAUCGACAACCCGAUUUCAAGAGCUUCUUAGUUACGCUGUGGACUGGCUAAAGCUCAUUCCUCCGUGCUAUACCCCGAUCUACUACCGCAACGCUGAUGCCAUCUCUGACGCUGUAUUUCCAGAAGUCAUGUAUCUCUCUGAUGCUGCUGUCACAGGCAUACAACACUAUCACCUCACUAUCAUUCUGUUGACAGCGUAUGACCCCACGAUUCCUAAGCUCGGGUCUCGACGAGCGACGGUAUUGAGGAAGAUGGACGAUGAGAUCAAGCAUCACACCAAAAUGCUUUGCGGACUCGCGUUGAGCAAUAGUAGCACCCCACCGAACUUUGUGACCGCUUCAAUGGCAGUGACAAUGGCCGGCGAUAAGUUCACCGAGGCGAAAGAGCAGCAAGCGUGCAUUCGAAUACUGGAAACGUGCGAAGCCGAGCAUGGAUGGUCGACUAUGACCGCUCAGGAGGAUCUCAAAGCAGCAUGGGGUUGGAAAUGA